AUGAUUGAAGCCUUGAUUAACCAGUCAACACCUGGGAAGGCAUCUAUCUACUUUCUCGGCGUCUUCCUUCUAUUCUCAAUGGAUUUUAUCUACAAAUCUUUUCUUGCGAAUAGGAAGCAUCAAGACCCUGUCUUCUGGGAUGCCGCAAUCACAACAGCGAAGGGAUCCCGAUUUAUUUUCACGAAAGACCCUGAGAACGUUAAGGCGAUCCUCGCGGGCCAGUUUGCAGACUAUGGGAAAGGUGGAUCCUUUCAUCGAGACUGGAAAGAGUUUCUGGGGGAUAGUAUUUUUGUCACAGAUGGUGAAUUGUAUCUUCGAAAAAAACAUGUUCAACACCUUAUCCCUCUGCUGUCGGAGGGAACCUCGCCGACUGGAAGCCGGAUUGUGGAUGUUGGCCCUUUGUUCUUCCGCUACACACUGGAUGCCGCUACCGAUUAUCUCCUAGGCCAAGGCACAGACAGUCUGCAAAACCCGACGACUCUGCUAGCGAGGCAUUUGGCUACCCUCUUCAACUUCAUCCUCUCCCAGAAAGAGUUCCGUCGCAAUCUCAAAACCAUGGAUGACUUCAUCCAACCCUACAUCGACCGGGCCCUCUCCCUAUCUACCGCUGAGCUAGACCAGAAAAUCUCCAAGAAAGACACAUUCCUCGACUCCUUGGCCCGCUUCACCCGAGACUCCCAAGUCCUACGAGACCAGCUCGUCGCAAUCCUUCUCGCAGGCCGGGACACAACAGCCGGAACGCUCUCCUUCUGCAUCUUCGAACUCUCCCGAAACCCUGCCAUGGUAGCCAAACUACGCUGCGAGAUCAAGUCCCAUCUGGGCCUCGGCACCCAAGGUCGAAAGCCCACCUACAACGACCUCAAGGACAUGAAAUAUCUCAACGCCAUCCUAAACGAAACCACGCGUCUCUGCCCGGUCGUCCCUUUCAACGUCUGUCAGGCCCUCCGUGAUACAACCUUACCCCGUGGCGGCGGCCCAGACGGGCCCUCCCCUAUCGGUAUCCGCGCCGAUACCCGCAUCUUGUAUUCAACCAUGCUCAUGCGGCGUAACCCCGAAAACUAUGAUCCUCCUGGCUCGUCUAAUUACUUUGAUCCGGAGAGGUUUCAUCCCGAAUGCUGGUUGUCUGAAAAUAUGGGGUAUACGGUGGUUAGGAUCCUUCAGGCUUUCCGGGAGAUCAGAGCUUUUCCUGUUAGGGGGAAGGAUGCAGUGGAAGACCCUGUUCUUCGAUUCGAGGUUACGUUGAGUCCUGGGUCGGAGUUGAAUUGA